AUGGGUAUUUCUAGAGAUUCUCGUCACAAGCGUUCUGCUACUGGUGCUAAGAGAGCCCAAUUCAGAAAGAAGAGAAAGUUCGAAUUAGGUAGACAAUCUGCCAACACCAAGAUUGGUGCUAAGAGAAUUCACUCUGUCAGAACCAGAGGUGGUAACCAAAAGUUCAGAGCUUUAAGAAUUGAUACCGGUAACUUCUCCUGGGGUUCCGAAGGUGUCGCCAGAAAGACCAGAAUUGCUGGUGUCGUCUACCAUCCAUCUAAUAACGAAUUAGUUAGAACUAACACUUUAACUAAGUCUGCUAUUGUUCAAAUUGAUGCCACUCCAUUCAGACAAUGGUUCGAGAACCACUACGGUCAACACUUAGGUAAGAAGAAGGCUGAUGAAGAAGAAGUCAAGAGAUCCAAGAAGGUUGAAAGAAAGCUCGCCUCCAGAUCUGGUGAAGCCGCUAUUGAAACUUCCGUUGCCUCUCAAUUCAACGCCGGUAGAUUAUACGCUGCUAUCUCUUCUAGACCAGGUCAAUCCGGUAGAUGUGACGGUUACAUCUUAGAAGGUGAAGAAUUAGCUUUCUACUUAAGAAGAUUGACUGCUAAGAAAUAA